AUGCUGGGCUAUGCUUUCUGCGGACUCGCCAUGCCAGCAGAAUCAUGGGAAACAUGUACAGAUUUUGCUGUAAUUGGCGGCAGUGUUGUUGGCCUCUCGCAUCUCGCAAUCUGGAAGUUUCCUGAGAUACUCAACGACUUCCAUCUCUAUGAUUCGACGGCCAGACCUUGGGAAGAUACUCCUGCCGCUUGGGGCGAGGACGAUGGUCCUGAUGCCAAGGUUGAAGUCAAACCUCGCGUGGAACUUGUCAACGCGAAUUUGGGAGCAUGGCCUUGA